AUGCCGCCGCCGAGUGGCCCCAGCGUCCUCGCGCGGCUGCUGCCGCUGCUGGGACUGCUGCUCGGCGGCGCCUCCCGGGCUCCCGGCAAGUCGCCCCCAGAGCCCCCCAGCCCGCAGGAGGUCCUGAUCAAGGUGCAGGUGUAUGUAAGCGGGGAGCUGGUACCUCUGGCCCGAGCCUCAGUGGACGUGUUUGGGAACCGGACCCUUCUGGCAGCUGGCACCACAGACUCAGAGGGCGUGGCCACACUGCCCCUCAGUUACCGCCUGAGCACCUGGGUGCUGGUCACAGCUGCCCGCCCUGGUUUCCUCACCAACUCGGUGCCCUGGCGUGUUGACAAGCUGCCCUUGUAUGCAUCCGUCAGCCUCUACCUGCUCCCCGAGCGGCCGGCCACCCUCAUCCUCUAUGAGGACCUUGUGCACAUCCUCUUGGGCUCUCCUGGUGCCCGCUCCCAGCCCUGGGUGCAGUUCCAGCGCCGGGCUGCCCGCCUGCCUAUAAGUUCUACCUACAGUCAGCUCUGGGCCUCCCUCACACCGGCCAGCACCCAGCAGGAAAUGCGGGCUUUCCCUACUUUCCUGGGUAUUGAGACCUCCAGCUCAGGCAAUGGCUCCUGGCUGGAGCUGAUGCCACUGGCUGCUGUGAGCAUACACCUGCUGACAGGCAAUGGGACUGAGGUGCCACUUUCGGGCCCCAUUCAUCUGUCCCUGCCUAUGCCCUCAGAGCCUCGUGCCCUCACUGCGGGCACCAGCAUUCCAGCCUGGAGGUUUGACCCCAAGAGUGGGCUGUGGGUACGCAAUGGCACUGGUGUGAUCCGGAAGGAAGGCCGGCAGCUCUACUGGACCUUCGUCUCCUCCCAGCUGGGGUACUGGGCAGCUGCCAUGGCCUCCCCCAUGGCCGGGCUGGUCACCAUGACGUCGGGCAUCCAGGACAUCGGCACCUACCACACCAUCUUCCUGCUCACCAUCCUGGCAGCCCUGGCCUUGCUGGUGCUGAUUCUGCUGUGUUUACUCAUCUACUACUGCCGGAGGCGCUGCCUGAAGCCGAGGCAACAGCACCGAAAGCUGCAGCUCACUGGGCCCUCUGACAAUAACAAACGAGACCAGGCCACCUCGAUGUCCCAGCUCCACCUCAUCUGUGGGGGGCCUCUGGAGCCCGCCUCGUCAGGGGAUCCCGAGGCUCCACCGCCAGGCCCACUCCACUCGGCUUUCUCCAGCUCCCGGGACUUGGCCACCUCCCGGGACGACUUUUUUCGUGGCAAGCCGCGCCCUACCAGCCGCCCCGCCGCCGAGCCUUCGGGUGCCCGCGGGGGCGAGGGCGCCGGGCUGAAGGGCGCCCGCUCCCUAGAGGGCCCUGGCGGGCUGGAGCCGAGUCUCGAGGAGUACCGGCGGGGGCCCUCGGGGGCCACGGCCUUCCUGCACGAGCCGCCCUCGCCGCCGCCGCCCUUCGACCACUACCUGGGCCACAAGGGGGCGGCCGAGAGCAAGACCCCCGACUUCCUCCUGUCGCAGUCGGUGGACCAGCUGGCGCGGCCGCCGUCGCUCAGCCAGGCCGGGCAGCUCAUCUUCUGUGGCUCCAUCGACCACCUCAAGGACAGCGUUUACCGCAACGUCAUGCCCACCCUGGUGAUCCCCGCGCACUACGUGCGCCUCGGGGGCGAGGCGAGCGCCGCGGGAGCGGGCGAUGAGCCAACCCCGCUCGAGGGCCCGGCCCCAGGCCCGGUGCGCCCCUUUCCCCAGCCCGACGCCCAGCGCCCGCUGAUGCAGGGCCACUCGGGUGCGGGGGGCGAGGGCGGCGGGGGUGGCGGCGGUGAGGGCUGGGGGGGCGGGCGUUCGGCGCCUGUCAGCGGUUCGGUCACGAUCCCCGUGCUGUUCAAUGAAUCCACCAUGGCGCAGCUCAACGGGGAGCUGCAGGCGCUGACCGAGAAGAAGCUGCUGGAACUGGGCGUGAAGCCUCACCCGCGCGCCUGGUUUGUGUCCCUCGACGGGCGCUCCAACUCGCAGGUACGCCACUCCUACAUCGACCUGCAGGCAGGAGGCGGGGGCCGCAGCACGGACGCCAGCCUGGACUCGGGCGUCGACGUGCACGAGGCGCGGCCCGCGCGCCGGCGGCCUCCGCGGGAGGAGCGCGCCCCACCGGCUGCCCCGCCGCCGCCGCCUGCGCCUCCGCGCCUGGCGCUCGGCGAAGACACCGAGCCGAGCAGCAGUGAGAGCCGCACGGGCCUCUGCUCACCGGAGGACAACUCGCUGACGCCACUGCUGGACGAGGUGGCGGCUCCCGAGGGCCGGGCAGCCACGGUGCCCCGGGGGCGGGGCCGCAGCCGCGGGGACAGUUCCCGGAGCAGCGCCAGCGAGCUGCGCCGCGACUCUCUCACCAGCCCCGAGGACGAGCUGGGGGCAGAGGUGGGAGACGAGGCGGGCGACAAGAAAAGCCCGUGGCAGCGGCGAGAGGAGCGGCCGCUUAUGGUGUUCAACGUGAAGUAGCGCCAUUUCUGAGCCCGUCCCCAGGGUGCGCGGCCUGGGGUGUUGCAGGAGCACCUGCUCUUAGCCCCAGUGCCCGACCUGGAAAGGUGCCCCGGGCCUGCGGAGCUGUGCAGUGAUAUGUGCUGGGUAAGGUCUGGGAGGGACCCCAUGUGGGCCUCCAGGCCGAGGGAGGUGGGAGGGGUCCAGACCCCCACCAGGAGGUGCUGGGAGGAGGGCUGGGUGGGUUGAAGCAGUGCCUGUAUAGAAGUGGCUGUACAUAGAAAGCUCUAUGUGGGAAAGCAGGAGGGGCAAAGGGGUCCCAGCUGCUAGUGUGAGGGCUGGGAAGGGUGGGGGCAUUCCCUGUGGACCCCUGGGAGGGGAGGGGUGCUGCUUGCUGACUGGCCCACUCCUGGGCUACAGUGUCACAGGGCUGGUGGCAGGGGCAGGUCUGGGGAUCGGGGGGUAAUGUGAUGGGGCCGCUGUGGGCAACAGCAAAUAUAAAACUGGUGCGAUGAACUGUGUUUGUCUUUCUGUGGGUAGGGGGGAGGUUGGCCCUGGAUGAGGGGCCCCCUGGGAAGGGCACACAGGGUGGCCAAAUCAGACAGUUAAGAAAGUGUACAAACUUUAUUGGGGCACACACAUACACACACGACCACCUGUGGAUAGGGGAGAGCACCUGGCCACAGGGUCCACAGAAAUUGGGAGAGGGGAUGGCAGCUUUUAAUGUGUUUUUUGCCACAGGUUCCCCCUUUCCAGAGGGGAGGCCUUAGGUUGAAGCCCCACCUCCUGUGGUGAAGGGGACUCAGAAUGGAAGGGUGUCAGGGAGAAUUGGUGGGAGAGAUGCUGAGGAGGCCUGAGCAGUGGGGACCCUCUGAACAGGGUCCCCAGGGCUGAGGAAUGUCGUCAGUCCUCAGUCCUUCCUUAUAGCAGCGGUCUCUGGGCUGGGCCCCUCACAGGGGUUUUCCAGGGCAGGAUCUCCUUGCGCAAACACUUGGUACCCCUGGCCCCACAGCGGAAGCCAGCAGGACAGCAGUGACGCUUAUCUGUGCAACAGAUGCCCUGGAUAGUCAGAGGGGAGUGUGAGAGUCAGACAAGGUCGGACCUGGCCUGGGCCCUUACCCAGCCCCAGGGUAGGGGUGGCACUGACCUGGCGGUAGGGACAGCAGCCCCAGCCCCCGUGGCUAUCUUGGCAGCAGGUCUGGUUAUCGUGACAGAAGUGGCUGUCCCCACAAGCCACGUCCCCCACGCCCACGUGAAGGCUGUGGGCCAGGGGGGUGGUGGGCUGGGUAGGGGCCACCUCCUUCUCACAGGUGCGGGCCUUCACAUUGCAGGUAUACCCAGCUGGACAGCAGUGCUGGCGAUCCUCACAGCACACGGCCUGGGGGGACACAGUGGCAAUAUAUACUCGUUCUGCCUUCCACACCCCAGGACUGAGCUCCCUACCUAGGGGCAGGCAAGUGGGCACUCACAUGAGGCAACUGGCAGCAGGCCCAGCCCCUGCUCAGGCUGGGGCAGCAGGUCUGCCCCACCGGGCAGCUGGUGUGCUGGUCACAGCUGGUGUCUCUGGGGUAAGACAGGGAGGACUGACGGGCAGGCAUCUUCUUCAGUGCAGCUGCCAUCUUGUCCCCUUUCUGACACUGCCCCUCGUCUGUGCAUGUGUAGCCGUGGGGGCAGCAGUGUUGGUGGUCCGAGCAGCAGACGGCCUGGUGGGUAAGCAGAAGACGGUGGUCUAGGGAGCUGCUGUAUGGGGCGGGGUGCCAAGCCCCUACCCUGCCGCUCCUGCUCUCAGCUCCUCCAGCUGGAAACAAAUCUGACAGAGCUGCCAUGCCACCCUUAGGCUAGGAAGAGGGUAGAAUAGCAAGGAAACAGGAGUCUGGCAACCUGUCCAAGCCAAGACACUGUCCCCCCAGUGUUGCCCCCCUACCCAUGUACCUCUGGGGCAGGACAACAGCCCCACUCCCCAGACACAAGUCGGCAGCAGGUAUUGAAAGGUGGACAGCUGGUGACGUUGUCACAGGGGACAUCACUCUCUAUGGCUUGGGGGUCUGGAAGGCUGAGGUGGGCUGGGGCCUUCUUCAUCCAGGGCACCUGGCGGUUCCCCUGCUCACAGGUCCCCUUCUCUGUGUUACAUCUAAAGCCCUCUGGGCAGCAGUGCACAUGGUCCUCACAGCACACAGCCUAGGGUGGAUGGAGAGGAGCCAGUGGGCACAGGGGCCUAGCUGGCUGCCACCUCUACUCAGCCCACCCACCACUCCCAGGUACCUGGGUGAAAGGGCAGCAGCCCCAGGCCCCCGUAGACAGGCGGCAGCAGGUAUAGCCAUCUGGGCAGCUCACCUCCAGGUCACACUUCACCUCCUGCACUGUGAGGUGGGCAAGGAGGACAGGUCAGCAGGGGCGCCGGGGACCCACGGGUGCCCAUCCUUUGCCAGCUUCACAGCCGGAACCAAUGAUAAGCAGAGGGCACCACUCAUGCCACCCCUGACACUGAGUGUGAGGCAAGGCCCAGUAUGGAGGAGAAGAGUUUGUACCCACCAGCCCCUCCACACCACCAUGAUCACCCUCCCCCACAUCUGUUCCUGGGACAGCUUGGUGGAGACUCCUCCUCACAGGGUAGGUGGAAUGGGGUCCGUGGCCUGCUGGUACCUGUGUGUGCAAGCACCUUGGUGAGGAGGUCUGUCGCGUUCUCCUUGGAGAGGCACCUACUCUGGAUCAGGUCACACACAGUGUCCUGGGGGCAGCAGUGCAGGUGGUCAGAGCAGCAGAUGGCCUAGGUGAGGAAAGGGUGGGUGUUUGAACUGCCAGGCUCAGUCGGGCCCAGGGAACAGCCAAGCUGGCAGCUGGCACUACCCCAACCCCCCACUAGGGGGUGGCAUGAGUCCUGAGUCACCCAACAAUCACCCAGCCAGGUGGCUGUUCCCCUCACUCACAUUGGGCAUUGGGCAGCAGCCAUACUUCCCACUGGGCAGCUCACAGCAGGUAGAACCGUCAGGGCACUGGGAUUGUGCAUCAGGGCACAUGACAGCGGUGGGCAGGGCCACUGGAAGGGGAGGGGGAAAGGGCAGUGAAGGGGGAAAUUUUUCCCACCUGGGAGCCAGAUAAGGCCUCUCCUCACCCCCGACCCCCACCUGAUGCUCUUCCACCCCCUUGUCCGUUGCCACUGAGUCGAUUCUGACUCAUAGUGACCCUACAGGACAGGUUAGAACUGCCCCAUAGAGUUUUCUAGGGUGUAAUCUUUACAGAAGCAGACUGCCACCUCUUUCUCCUGCAGAGUGGCUGGUGGGUUUGAACUGCCAGCCUUUCAGUUAGCAGCCAAGUGCUUAACCACUGCACCACCAGGGCUCUUUUCCCACCCCCUUACCUGCCCUAUUAGUCUUCCGUGCAGGGGUCUUCCUCGCCAAAGGGUAGGUGCCCGUGGGCGUGAGGCAGCGGGCCUGUGCCAAGUCACAGGAGGUACCAUGGGGGCAGCAGUGCACCUUGUCUUGGCAGCAAGAAGCCUGAGAAGAGACGGUCCUGACUCGUCUUUGUCCCCUCCAGUCCCUCACUUUGCCCUGGUGCCCUCCAUCCCCAUCACCCCAAAUCUGUACCUGGGGCAUGGGGCAACAGCCCCAGGAGCCAUCAAGCGUAGCGCAGCACGUGGAAGAGCUGGGGCAUUCAAACUGGCUAUUAGGGCACUGGAUGGCACCCAAGGGGCUGGCAUCUGUGGACAGCAAAGUCAUUGUCCCCCAUCACUCAAGGAGCUGGUGGCAGCUGCCAGGGUGCUAAAGGGCUGGCACUAAGGCUAGCUGACCUCCCAGCCACCCCUAACCCAUUUCCCCAACAAACCAGUCUCUGCCCCAACAAGAUGACACAGGGUAGUAGCCACCACUCUGGGGUUAAAACAGCCCAGCUUGGCCUCUACCCACCCCUGCAAGGCCUGGACCAGGGGCCUGGAGUCCUGGAUUCCCUCCUGGCCCCAGUGCUGCCCCUCUGUCCAAAGGAGGGUUGCUCAGUACAGAUGCCACACAAAUGAAGUCAUAAGGGUAGGAAUCAGGGUCACUCAGGCAGCCAGGCUCCUGGGCACUCAACAUGCUGCCUGUCUGCCUCACCACACCUAGUCUGCGAAAGCAGGACCGCCCAUCGGCAUUGCAUUGGAAGCCCCGGGGGCAGCAGUGGCGUCCAUCCCCGCAAGACACGGCCUGUGGGACAUAGAGAAGCCUGCAUUGGAGAGGUCCUCUUCCCUGGGGUGGGAGAGUGCAGCAAGUAAAUGCAGAUCUAAGCCCAUCCACUGAGCCAGUGGCACCCUCACCUCUGGUAAUGGGCAGCAGCGGGAGGUUCCCGAGACAGUGAGGAGGCAGGAAGAGCCAGCAGAGCAGUGGGCAUCAGUCUGGCAGGGUAUACCCAGAUGCCUGCUCCAUGUUGUGGACAGAGAGGGCCAUGUGUCCUGGGAAGAGAGGGACGAGGAUAAACCAAAGGGUCCAUGCCUGGCUUUGUCCUCAGGCCAACCUGGGGAAACUUAGGCUCCCAGCUUCCGCCUGGGCUGAGGGGUGCUCACCAGAAUGGGGUUGCAGCAGCUGUAGCUGGCUCCCCCUGGGUCCAGGCAGCAGGCCACAGGGCAGAGCUGACCAUCUGGGCACUGUGUUCCAUCCACCAGCCCUGCCACCAAGGCCACCCAGCUCACCAGGGUCCACAUGGUCCACCUGCAAAAUGUCAACCAGCAUUUGGGAACUCAUUAGCUUAAGCCCAUGCCACCCUUGAUUCUGAGGCCAUUCACAGGCUCAGGCCUAGGCCCAGGCCCAGGCCUACCUGAGCCUCCCCAACAACUCCCUGUCCAAGUAGGAAGAAAGAUGUGGGGUCCGAGAUUCCACUUCUACAUGUCACCUGUGUGUGUGUGUCUCCAUGAGCAUCAAUGCUGACAUGAGUAUAUGUGUGAAUCUGAGUCCCCGACAUGGCCUAACACCUGAGUCUGUGCGUGUGGCAGAGACGUAUGCAUGUGACAGUCAGGAGGAUGUGUGGUUUUUGUGGGUCUGAUCUGUGGGGACACAGGCCACCUGGGUGGGGUAGGGUGGGGUGUGGUGAGCACCAGUAGCCACAGGAGAAAACAGGGAUGGGGGUGGCAGGAGAGAGCUCCACGGCCCCUCGUCCUCAGCCAGCUCUUCCAGAUACCUCCCAGCCUGGUGGUGUGCAUACACAUGUAGCCCGCUACGGCCUGCGUGUGUGGGGUGGUCACAUGAUGACAUGGGAAACCACAGGGUUGAGAAAGUUGAAAAAAGGGAAGUGUGGUGGACAGUGGAGUCUGGGCUUCUUUUCCCAGAGGCCAGCUGACUCUCCCCUACCCCUACCCCCAUGGAGGGAGACACAAGGCUGGGGGGCGGCCUUUGAGACACCUGUUCUUUGAGAGCCCCCCAAUACCACCAGGGCCCUCUCAGACUCCCCAAAACAUACCAACCACUUGCCCCUGCUUCUCCUCUACCCUGAGCGCCAAAACUCAAUCACAUACAAAAAGAGACCACAUGGGAUCCAUGAGGGCCUCUCGGCCCUCACCUGCCUCGACUUGAGUCAGCAGGAGGAACUAAGCCUCUCACUUCCUAAACAACUCUUCCCCCAAGCUCCACGGCCUGACGAGAGCAACGGGGCAGGCCUGGGAGGCAUUGACUUGCCCAGUGUGUUUGUUGUGCCCCUUGAGAACCAAUUAUAACAUCCUAUUUUAUUUCGUCUUUGCAAUAACCACCCAAAAUAAUAAUUAUUAUCUUUACUUUUCAAAGGAGGAAACUGAGGCUCAGAGAUGUUAAGUAUGGUGCCGCUGCUGUACGUCAGGUCAUGGCGACGACAGGUUUUGAUGGCUGCACAGCUUAUUGGACCUGGUUCUUUUCACAAGUAAUGCCCCAGGCAGGGCUCAGGAAUGAACCCCCCCAAACAGAGGCCUGGGGUCCAAGCAAAGGGAGGGGGACAGAGGCAUUUCCUGAGCAGGUGGAAGGGGCAGGGAAGAAAAGGGAACAGGGGUUUUGUGGAAACUGCACUUGGGUCCUAGUCCUGGAAUUGUCACCAACAGAUUGUGAGAGCCUCAAAAGGUGAGUGGAUCAGGAAAUCUCACCCACCCAGUCACUCCCUCACCUGGUUUUCCUCAGGUGCCCCCUCCCCCAGGUCAAAGAACAGAUGAGGAUGAAGACUGGUAUGGGAUGCUGCCUUUUCUCCCUCUCCUCCACCACCACCGCUCCCAGGAAAAGCCUCUGCAGCUGGCCCCACCUGCUUCGGGGGUGGGGGUGUCUAAACUCACUCCUCAGCUGCCUACCCUGCUGCCCUGGCUGAGGCCAGAGGGUU